AUGGGCGAACCUUCGGUUGACAUCGCGAAUAUAUCUUCCCAGGCUAUCACUACCGAUGGCCCAUCGGCGGGAGGGGGUCCAGGCGCGUUCAAACAAGUAGGCGAGCUAGUGGAAUCGGUGAAGAAGAGGAUGAGAGAUGAUUUACUUGAAAAGGCCGUGGCAUCUCUACUUCAAACCAUCGACAAAGAAGCCGAUGACCAAAAGCGGCUGGUGGCAGGGAUGAUCCUGGUCAAGGCUCUGUUGACUCGAUUUGCUCGUUACGGGUGGGCGAACGACUUGGAGCAAGUGCGAUCGUUGUUGCGGCAACUCGCUGAUGGCGAGGGCAACUUCAUUAUACCUCAGUGGAAUGGGGUUGUCGACGAAUCCUUUCCGGAGACCCAUCACGCUUUAGGGCUUCUCCAUGACUACCACCAAUCGAUCGAUGAAUCCGGCCUGGAAAGCGCAAUCGUCCUUGCUGAGCAACUCAUAGACUCUGGUCCAAUGCCGACAGAAGAUCACAGGAUCUGCCUAGUUCACAGCGGGAACUGCGAUGGCUCUUAUGACGCUAGACGUCUGUCUAGUAAUCCUUGGACUUACAUCGCUCUUCUUAACCUGGAACACGUGGCGAUGAUCAAGAUGACGGAGGGGAGACCGCAGCGGAAGGUUGAGGGGUUGGAGGAGGCUAGGGCGUACGCGAGGGAGGCUCUGGCAGCGGAUGAAAAGGGUUCGGAAGCGCAUGCGGAAGGCACUGCGAUGAUGAAGGCAGACCAUUCGCAGCUGGACGCGGCCAUUUCAUUGUUCCGCCAAUCGCUUUCUCACCGACCUUUCCCUCAUCCGAAACGCCAUGACACAGUUGCAAGCUUGGCGGUCGCCCUGUUCACUCGGUUCAAGCGCAAUCGCAGCUUCGAUGACCUUGAGGAGGCCAUUGAUCUUCAACAGCAAGCGUUGGUCCUCCGCCCGGCAGGUCACCCGGACCGCUACGUGUCGCUCAACAGUCUCGCCAGCUUCCUCUCGACUCGGUUCGAGCACAGGGGUGACAUGGGGGACCUCGAAGACUCUAUCACUCGUUACAGAGAUGCACUGGGCUGCCUCCCGAUUAAUUAUUCGAACCGCGCUACUUUGCUUAACAACAUCGCCGUCGCCCUUUCCAUUCGCUUCCAGCAGAAGGGCGAUCUCAAGGACCUUGAAGAGUCGAUUAGCCACCACAGGGAAGCAUUGACACUGCGUCCGACGGGGCAUCCUGACCGUUCGGCAACGCUCGUCAACCUCGCCAUUGCCCUUUCUACCGUGUCUGAGCACAAGCCUGAGGACGACUCCAAGGGCCUCGAGGAGGCGAUUAGUCUCCACAGAGAAGCACUGGCCCUUUACCCCGUAGGGAAUCCGCAACGUUCCAUGUCCCUCAUCAACCUGGCCAACUCCCUCACCACUCAGUUCGAACGUAAGGGAGACUUAAAGGGGAUCGAAGAGGCCAUUAUUCACUAUCGAGAGGCGAUGGAGCUUCGACCAACAAACCAUCCUGGCCGCGCCAACGCUCUCAGCAGCCUCGCCACUGCCCUAUCCACUAGGUUUGAACACGUUGGUGACAUCCAGGAUCUCGAAGAGUGUAUCCGUCACCACCGAGAAGCACUGGGCCUUCGACCGAUAGGGCAUCCUGGACGCUUCAUGCCCCUAAACAACCUCGCUGCUGCGCUGUCUACCCGGUUCGAACACAAGGGCAAUUCUGAAGACCUUGAAGAGUGCAUUCGCUAUCACCGGGAGGCACUGGACCUUCGACCGGCCGGUCAUCCUUCCCGCUUCAUGCCUCUUAGCAACCUGGCCACCUCACUUUACAGUCGGUUCCAGCACAAUGGCGACUUUGAGGAUCUUCAAAAGUCGAUUGGGCAUUUCCGAGAAGCGCUGGACCUUCUGCCAACAGGCCACCCUGGCCGCUUUAUGCCCCUUAACAAUCUCGCCAAUUGCCUCGUCACCCGGCUCCGGAAAAAGGGCGACUUUCACGACCUCGAUGAGUCCAUUCGUUAUCAUCGAGAAGCAUUGGGUCUUCGACCGCCAGGCCAUGCCAGUCGCUGCAUGCCACUCAACAACUUGGCGAACUCGUUAUCCACUCGAUACGAACACAAGGGAGACAUCCAGGACCUUCAAGAAUCCAUUCGUCACCACCGAGAGGGGCUGGGACUCCUCCCGACAGACCAUCCUAGCCGGUUCAUGCCUCUCAACAAUCUCGCUAAUUCCCUUUCCACCUGGUUUAAGCACAGCAAGAACAUCCAGGACCUCGACGAGUGCAUCCGACACUACAGAGAGGCACUCUCCCUUCGACCGCCCGGUCAUCCCGGUCGCUUCAUGCCGCUCAACAACCUCGCCAUUGCCCAUUUCACUCGGUUCAGUCAGAGGCCUGAGGAGAACUUCCUGGAUCUCCAAGAAUCUAUUGCACGCUACCGAGAGGCGCUAGAGACGCUACCGGUCGAUCAUCCUGACCGCUCGGAAUCACUCAGCAACCUCGCUUCUGCCCUGUCCACUCGAUUCCAGCACAAACAUGACUUGGAGGACCUCAGAGAGUCCAUCAGGUACUUACGGGAGGCUUUAUCAGCCCUGACCCAAUGCGACGACACCGCCGCUCUCCCCGACUCAGCUGCUACACGUCAUCCAGCAGCCCUUGGUGUGACAUUCAAUCUGGUAAAGAGUCUGCUACAGCUUCACGACCACCUCGUUGAGCAGGCGACGGUCGGAGGCUCGGGGCAUAAGGAUGUAGAGGAGAUCUUCCAUCUCCUCAACUUUGGGUCUCAUUGCGAUGGCGCCUUACUCCUUGUUCGACUGCAACAUGCGGCUCUUUGGAGCGUAACUGCCCGCAUGUUUGAUCGCCCCAAGGUUGCCCUCGAGGCUUACAAACAUGGGCUAUCCCUACUUCCUCUCCUGGCGUCCCUGGAUAUGACCCUCGAGCAGCGCCAGAAUGUUUUGGUCCACGCCAAAGAUCUCUCAAGCGAUGCAGUCCAGCUCGCGAUCGACCAAAAGGCGCUCGAAAUGGCGGUUGUGUUCCUGUCGACCUCGCGAUCGGUUUUCUGGACGCAAGCCCUCCAGUUCCGGGCAUCCCUCGAGCGGUUGGAAUCCGCUCAUCCCUCGCUAGCGUCCGAGCUUCGCUCGGUCAAUCGCCAACUCGAGAACGCGACUCAUCAUAUGCAAAGCGCCGACUUCAAAGCCACUUCUCCAUACCUUCUUACCGAGCAGAGGGAGAAGAUUCUUGCUCGAAUCCGGGGUGUGAAGGAGUUCCACGAUUUCCUGCUCCCUCCCACUUUCGAAACGCUCAAAACCGCAUCUCAAAGAGGACCGGUUGUGUUUCUGAAUGCCAGCCGAUACGGGUGCCAUGCUCUGAUUUUGAAGCAGGAUUGUACCUUGCUUCCCCUUUCGCUGGACAUCGACAUCAAGAAAUUGCGAGAUUUGAGGGUCGCGGUCCAGAGAAUGGGACGAGGUCUGGACGUUGAUGGCGCUCUGCGGUCUAGCAUUGACGAUCUGGCUGAGCGUCGAGAACUUCGACUGAAGCUUGGUCGGCUGUCUCGUCAAACUGAGGAUGACAGGUUUAGACAGGUGCUCGAGGUGUUAUGGCUUCUCAUCGCUGAGUCAGUCGUCAGCGCGUUGGAGCUGGAAAAGGCGGAUGUUCCUGGAAGAAUUUGGUGGUGUCCAACGGGCCCGUUCGCUUUUCUCCCAAUCCAUGCUGCCGGAAUUUAUUCCAACACAUCUGAAGAAUCUGACUGCCUGUGCCUAUCCAACUAUGCCGUUUCCUCGUACUGUUCGACGCCUCAGGAUCUCAUCGCAUCACCGCCUGAACUGGACUCCGACUUCAAGAUGCUUGUUGCCAUUGAACCGGAAGCUCCAGAAACUCGUGUAUCCGGCCUCCCAUGGACCCUCAAGGAACUCGAACGGAUCGAGUCGCGGAUCCCGGACAAACGAAACUUGAUCAUUCGCGUAGGUCCAACAAGGACGCCAGCCGAUGAGAAGACGAUUCUGGAGGACAUCAGAAGCUCGUCUAUCGUCCACUUUGGGUGCCAUGGGGUACAGGAGGAAAGCCCGCUUGACAGUUGUUUGUUCCUUAGCAGCGGGCGACUCACGAUAUCCUCCCUCAUACGCGAUUGCCAGACGUCUUCGCCUGCUCUCGCCUACUUGAGUGCUUGUGAAACUGCGAAGGGGGAUGAAGAGCGACCUGAUGAAUCUCUUUCGCUCGCUGCGACGAUGCGGUUUGCUGGGUUUCGUAGUGUGGUUGCGACGAUGUGGCCGAUUCAUGACGAGGAUGGACCCGUUGUUGCUGAUGUUUUCUAUCGGCAUUUGUUCCGUCGUGGCUUGGAUUCGUCCCCGGAUAUUACGGUCGCUGCGUAUGCGCUGCAUAUUGCUGUGAAGGAGUUGAGAGAGAAGGAUGUGUCUUUUUCACGAUGGGUUCCGUUUGUUCAUCAUGGUAUUUGA